AUGAGCAUAAAAAUUACUAAACGGGUGUUAUAUGGAAAUGAAUCAACACCAUUGAAGAAGACUGUUUCUAACAAUACUCACAACUGGACGUUAUUUAUUCGUCCGUUCAAUGAAGAAGAUGUAGAAUUAUUUAAUGUUAUUGAUUCAGUUACAUUUCAUCUUCAUGAAUCAUUUCAAAACCCACAUCGACGGAUUUCACAACCACCAUAUGAAAUCACUGAACAAGGAUGGGGUGAAUUUGAAGCAGUAAUUGAAAUUUCAUUCAAGUAUAAUUUAGGACAAAUAACAUUCAAACACUUUAUUAUUUUGUUUAAUCAAGAUAAAACAAAGAAGAGUGCUAUCUCUCAUGUGUGUUAUGACCAAUUUAUAUUCAUCAAUCCAAAUGAAGGUGCUGUGAAAGCACUAUCAACUAAACCAGUUUUACCACCAAAUUGGAAACAAACUCCAAAAGGAAAUAAUUUAUUUAGUGAAGAAAAAGACGCCCUCAAACGAGUUCAAACUAAGUUAAACACAACACUAGAAAAACUAGAAAAAGAAUACCAUCAACAAUUAAGUUCGUGUAGUGAACAGUUUAUUCCAAAAUAA